AUGCGAUCAUCAAUAUUUACUUUGUUGCUCUUAACUGUCGCGGCACUAGCGGAGGAGCAUUGGUGGCAGCAUGCUAACUUCUACCAAAUUUAUCCGCGAUCCUUCAAGGAUAGCGACGGCGAUGGCAUUGGUGAUUUACGUGGAGUUAUGGAAAAGAUUAGUUAUCUUAAACACGAACUAGGCGUUGACGCCAUCUGGUUAUCACCGAUCUUCAAAUCUCCGAUGGCUGACUUCGGAUACGAUAUCUCCGACUUCAAAGAUAUCUAUGAGAAAUUCGGUACGAUUGCUGAUCUGGAGAAUCUGGCCGCAGAGUGCAAGAAGCAAAACUUAAAGUUGGUUUUGGAUUUUGUACCAAAUCACAGCAGUGACGAACAUGAGUUUUUCAAAAAAUCAGAAGAUAGAGAUCCUGAUUACGCAGAUUACUAUGUAUGGCAUCCAGGGAAGCUAUUACCUAACGGCACUCGUGCGCCUCCAUCGAACUGGAUCAGUGAAUUUCGUGGUAGUGCGUGGAAAUGGAGUGAGAAACGGCAAGAGUACUAUCUGCACCAGUUUGUAGCCAAACAACCUGAUCUGAACUAUCGCAACGAAAAAGUGGUUAAUGACAUGAAAGACGUGCUACGGUUUUGGCUUGAAAAAGGUGUUGACGGCUUCAGAGUCGAUGCAUUGCCGUAUCUAUUCGAAAGUCUUCCCGUGGAUGGAGUUUAUCCAGAUGAAGAGAAAAGUGGUAUUACAGACGAUGUAGAUAACCCAGCAUAUCUGAUUCAUAAUCAUACAAGAGACCUCGACGAAACAUUCGAUAUGGUAUACCAGUGGCGUGCGGUAUUAGAGGAAUUUAGAAAAACUCACAAGACAGAUGACCUCGUUUUGUUAACCGAAGCAUAUACAUCUUUAAAUAACAUUAUUCGGUUUUACGGAAGUGGAGAACGAGAAGGUUCACAUAUUCCUUUCAAUUUUGAAGUGCUCAGCAACACGUUUAAAGAAAGCACUGGCAAAGACUUUUAUGAUAACAUAAUGCGCUUCAUGCAAGCUUUACCGAGUAAUCGCUUUGCAAAUUGGGUUCUCGGUAAUCACGAUAACAAGAGGAUUGCGUCUCGUUUGGGCGUAGAUCGAGCUGAUCUCUACAACAUCGCCAUUAAUACCUUGCCUGGUAUUGCGGUCACAUACUACGGAGAAGAACUGGCAAUGGAGGAUGUUUACAUUCCCUGGAGUAAAACCGUCGACCCAGCUGCUUGUAAUUCCAAUCCAAAAGAUUUCCUGAUAUAUUCCCGUGAUCCGGCAAGAACUCCAUUUCAAUGGGAUGAUUCGGUCAGUGCAGGGUUUUCAACUAGUGAUAAUACUUGGCUUCCAGUAUCGCCGAAUUUUAAAAAACUUAAUUAUAAACUGCAACUGUCGGUGCCUCGUAGUCAUUUGAAAAUCUUCAAAUCUUUACUUCGAUUACGCAAGCAACGCACACUCAGAGAAGGUUCGUUUAAUAUCAAGCUAAUUGGUGAAAACUUGAUCGUGUACAAGAGAGAACUACCGGAAGUGAGCACAAUCGUUGUAAUUUUAAACUUUGCGAAAGCUACACAGAAUAUUAACUUAACGACGGUGUUUACCGGGCUCCCGCUUCGGUUUGAAGUCAUAACUUCGUCUCUACAAACCAACUAUGUGGAUGGUACAAUUGUGGAUCGAGAUAUAGUUAUACUACCGGCAGAAGCGGGCAUCGUUCUAGAGGGAAGUGUGAAAUAUGAAUAAGUACUUUCACUCGGUAUUCCUAGUUAGCCUAUAG